CUACUAAAAGCAUACAGAGCUGUGAGGUCAAAUUCAAUCCCUCAUGUCUGUGAAUAAAGGCUCUGGAUCCAGAUCUGGUUAAAUCAAGCUUCAGAAUUUCAGAAGCAGACAGUCUGAACAAACUGAAUAACAGAUAAAACAAAAGAGAGGCAAAAACUAAAAUCAGGACACAGAACAUCUUUAACUAGGUUUAGAAAAAGAAAUGAAGAUAAAGAUGCACUUUUUAGAGCAGAAAAUAAAGGAAUAUAGAGUAAGAAAUGUGUGUUCUCAUGUAAAGAAAAGGAAGAGACUGAAGCUAAAACAGGGAGGUGUGAUAAUAAUGCUGUGGUCAGUGCACUACUCAUCUUCCGUGUCUUUACUGUUAGUGUCAAAAAGCAGCUCAUAACCGCUUACAAGUGCAGUACGAGUGAAGGAGCAACAGGCUGAUUAAAGCAGUUAAUAUAGUAAACUUAUUCAGACUUUUUUUUUCUCCCCCUCAUGGAUAUUUUUGGCCAGAAUGCAACAUUUGGUGGAUCUUCAAGUCUCAGCUGUCUGAAAGUUGACGCCUCUGUGUUUUAUCGAAUGUGGAGAAAUAUUACAGUCGGAGCAAUCCUCAUGUUCCUGACAGGAGUUUAGGCUCAGCCCAGUGUAACUCCUUCCUCUCAGAGUCUGUGUUGUUAAAGUAUUUUUCAGUGCUCAGUGGAACUAUGGAUGGUGAAUUCAAAAUGCUGAUGAUGAUGAUGAUGAUGAUGAUGAUCAUCAUCAUGUUGUUGAAUAUUACAGUUUCAGGAUCACGUAUCCAACAUGUGAACGUGUCAUGCCAUAAUGAGAUGAUCUGUGCUCUGGAGGCAUCAUCUGUGACUCUCACAUGUUCUUACUCCAAUACCAACAUCACCACUGGCUUCUGGUUCAGACUAAAGGACAAAGCUAAAUGGAGGAAGGAGGAACAUCCAGAGGAUUUAGCUUUAGACUCAGACUACGCAGGACGUGUGAGCUACAGUAAGCUGACAAACUUCAGCUUGACUCUUACAAUAACAGACCUGAGAAAGAGAGACUCGGGGAAAUAUGACCUCAUGUUCAUUACGAAUAAAGGAGAGAAAUAUCUGAGCUCAGCUGGAAUUAAUCUAACAGUUACAGACCUGCAGGUGAGCCAUGACUCCACAAGACAAGCUCUCACCUGCCGCACUUCCUGUCUUCUGACCCCUGCUAGUCACCGGUACCACUGGUACAAGAAUGGACAAUACUUAAAGAAAUACACAGCCAACAUGCAACCUUUCCAUGUCAGCAAUGAUGAUGAAGGCCGUUACUCCUGCUCUUUUCAAGGCUAUAACGAGAUCUUCUCUCCUCCACUGUGUGUUGGCAGGAAAUGUUGGAAUGUGACCUACCCAGAGAAAAGAGUCUGUGCUUUGGAAGGGUCUUCAGUGGAACUUGCUGGAAGUUACUCACAUCCCAGUGAUCUGAGUGUUAGCAAAGUAAUCUGGUAUGAUGUUCUGUCCAGUAAAGUCUACCAGGACCUGAGGCAGGAAACACAGUUUACUAAUCGAGCUGAAUAUGUGCAACAAGACAGAAACUUCAAUUUGAAAAUGAACCAGCUGACAAAGAAAGAUUCUGGAGAAUAUCGCCUUCGAUUCUACACUAAUAAUGAUAAAGGAUUAUCUGGAAGACCUGGAGUGGUUCUGAAAGUUACAGAUCUGCAGGUAAGAGUGAGUGAGUCUGCAGUGGAAUCAGUAACGCUGAGCUGCAUCACCUCCUGCACGCUGUCGAACAACCCCACUUACCUGUGGUACAAGAACGGACAGCCUGUUACUAACAAACCCACCAAACACAACAAGCUCUACCUGAUCUCCAGUGAAGACGCAGGCACCUACUCCUGUGCCGUGACAGGACGUGAGGAUCUCCGCUCUCCUGAACAAACUGUUACACGUGGUGAUGAGAGCUCAGUUGAGGUGUGGAAGCUGCAUGCUCUAUGGGGAGCUGUUGCACUUGUUCCUGGUCUCUUUCUCUCUCUUCUUAUCACCGUUCUUUGCAUGAAGAGGAAGAGAGGAGCAAAGAGAGACACAGAUGUUCAGAUUGUUCCAUCGCCUGGAGAUGACACAUACACAGAACUUAACUCCAGGACUAUGUCCCCAGAUUAUGACAUUCUGCAAAAUGUUCAAAGCUCUGCCAGUGGCACUUACACAACUCUAAACCCUGCAACCAUGUCUUCUGAUUACGACACACUGAGGUACUGAUGCGUUCAGAUGGUUGAACCCUGUAACCACGCCCUCAGAGAUGUGGUGACUCAACUCCGUGAAGAGAAAUACUCCAGAACUGGUGAAUGAUAAGAGCUGAAUUUGGUUAGUGACUUCACAUUCAGCAUCAUGAACAGCACAGGAAGGAUAUCUAUAUAGCGCUACAGCUUUUCUGUCGUCCCUCUUCACUCUCUCCUGACCUCUGUUCAUGCCAACAUCGGAAAUAAUCACUGAAUAAAUUAGUCAUUUCUGGCCGGUUUCUUAAUUCUUGUUACUUUCUUUUCUUAUUCAUUUAGCUAAACAUUUUAUGACUUUGUUUGCUGUCAUCUGAUCCAGUAUUUGUCAUUUUAAUGUCUUGUAAACUGUCGUGAAAAGCUGGAUCAUGAUGAUGAUCAUUAAUUAUGAUUCCAGAAUUAUAUCAGAUCUCUUACUGUCGAAUGUUUAACAUGUUUUAUGUAGAAGAAUAAAAUUGCGCUUGCAAGUUUUGACAUGACAGAAUACCGUAUGCUGAUUCAAAACUGUACUCAGCUUUUACCCAACUUCAAUAUACAGGCCAAAACUUUUACAGAAUGUAUAGAGCGGGGUAG